UGCACGCCGCCGCCAUGGACGCGCGCGCCGCCGCCCGCCUGCGGACCGUCCUGGGCCACCUCGGCCGCCUUGAGCCCCGGGACGUUGUAGCACACCCCACUUCUGGGACUGUUUCUCCCACCAGUUUCCAUCCUCAACAAUUCCAGUUUACUUUGGAUAACAGCAUCCUCAGCCUGGAGCAGAGACAAUUUUAUGAAGAAAAUGGUUAUCUUGUUAUUAAAAAUCUGGUAUCUGAUGAGGAUAUCCAGCGCUUCAGGGAUGAAUUUGGAAAAAUCUGUAGGAAAGAAGUGAAGCUGGACAGAUUGGUAAUAAUGAAGGAUGUGUCCAUUUCAAAGUUGCAACUUGCUCCAAGUGAGAAAGUGGUCACGAAGAUUCAGGAUUUCCAAGAAGACCCGGAGCUCUUCAGAUACUGCACACUUCCCCAGAUCCUGAAAUAUGUGGAGUGUUUCACUGGACCCAAUAUUAUGGCCAUGCACACCAUGCUGAUAAACAAGCCACCUGAUACUGGCAAGAAGACAUCCCGGCAUCCCUUGCACCAGGAUCUGCACUACUUCCCCUGCGGGCCCAGCAAUCUCAUUGUUUGUGCGUGGACCGCGAUGGAGCAUAUUGACCGGAACAAUGGUUGUCUGGUUGUGCUCCCAGGCACCCACAAAGGCUCCCUGAAACCCCAUGAUUAUCCGAAGUGGGAGGGAGGAGUUAACAAAAUGUACCAUGGGAUCCAGGACUACGAUGAGAACAGUGCCCGCGUGCACCUCGUGAUGGAGAAGGGAGACACUGUUUUCUUUCACCCCUUGCUCAUCCAUGGAUCUGGACGGAACAAAACUCAAGGGUUCCGGAAAGUAGGCAUUCCCAUCGCUGCUCCCAUUGGCAAAGAUGGAUGUGUGAGCUGCUCUGCCACACCCUACGGCUAUGAUGGUCUGAAACCUAAGAACCCAUAA